AAACAAGCAAAAGGUUUUUUUUUUUUUUUUGCUUUUCCACGGUUGAUAAGUUUAAAAAUUCUAUUGUUUUCUCUUCGUUAAUGAAAUCCAUCUUGUAAAACGGAGGUCCAUGGGUGGAGGAUUCACAUGUUCUAUGAUACAAAAAAAUAGUGAAACCCGAUGGUCCCUCAAUUACUUCCUCUAAAAGCCGAAAUCCGGUUAAAAUUGAUAUAUCUAGUGUUAAAAGCCUCCAUUAAAUUAUUUUUAUUACAUAGCUAUAAUCAUAUUCAGUUUCUUGUCGCGGUCUAACGAUCAAAGCUAACUUAAAUUAAGCAAUCAUUUAUUAAUAAAUAUUGAUAGUUAAAUCAAUGUUCCAAUAAUACUUACCACCUGCGAGACACGUAAUGGUUUGAUACCGACAACCCUUUUUAACCGCAAAACGGAACUUCUUUUUUUAGUCUCUCGGUGUUGCAUAAACGCUGUCACAUAUCAAAGAAUCGGCUAACUCCGGUUCAUAGAGUCAUAUUCUUGGUAAACCACUAUGGAAAUAAUUUUCAGCACGAUGCUGGUGUUCGUCAGAUUUAUGCAUUUCCUCACGCGCCCAAUUUAUACUUUAAUAUGUAAGGGUAAAAGGGAAGUAGUGCCUCCGGUAAGAGAUCCGCUCUUCAAAAUUCAUGCCGUCGAGUUGGCUAGAAGGAUAAGGUCUAAAGAGAUGUCCAGCGAGGAAAUAUGCGAAGCGUACAUUCGCAGGAUCAAAGAAGUUAACCCCAUUAUAAACGCCGUCGUGGAGGACCGCUUUGAGGAAGCGAUGAAAGACGCAAAAGCGGUCGAUGAAUAUUUAAAAGCGACAUCUCUAUCAGAGUUGGAGAUUGAAAAGAUCAAACCUUUACUCGGGGUACCGAUGACAAUUAAAGAAAGCUGUUCGGUGGAGGGAAUGAGUAUCAGCGUCGGAGUUGUAAGUAGAGCCGGCAUGAAAGCGGAGAAGGAUUGCGACGCCGUAGCUAUUUUGAGAUCAUCGGGUGCCAUUUUACUUUUGGUGUCCAACACACCAGAAUUCUGUCUCAGCUGGGAGACGUACAAUUUUAUUACAGGAUGUACCAAAAAUCCGUAUGACAGCACACGCACAAGCGGCGGCUCCAGUGGUGGAGAAGGCGCUUUGCUAGGAUCGGGAGCCUCCCUCAUCGGUCUUGGAUCGGAUGUUGCAGGCUCCAUCAGACUUCCUGCCAUGUUCAAUGGAGUUUUCGGCCAUAAACCAACACCGCAAAUUUUAAGUAUUAAAGGUCACAUGCCCGACUGUAGCGACAAGAGGAGCAGUCUCUAUCUAGUCACAGGCCCGAUAGCGCGUUAUUCUUGCGACCUCAAAUUUAUUUUAAAGAUCUUGGUGGGUAAUAAGAUGAGUUCGGAGUUGAAGCUAGAUGAACCGGUAAACUUAAGGGACUUGAAAGUAUUUUACAUGGUGGACUUUGGAAGUGGACUAACUCAACUUCCAGUAGAGAGCAGUAUUAAGAACGCCAUCAAUGGGGCGGUCAAGCAUCUGACCACGACAUGCGGUGCCACACUCGACGAAUACAAAUUCUGGCACUUCAAAGAUUCCAUCUCGGUCUGCUUUUCCACGGUAUCGAAUAUGCGAGACGUGCCUAAUUCGCUAAAAUUAGCGAAAGCGAAUCUCGCAGUGGAAAUAAUGAAGUCGAUCUGCGGACUCUCCAAAUUUACCAUCAACAUGAUGUUCUUCAAUUGCAUGCGCAUAUUGUACAAAUACGUAGUCUCGGAUUACGUGAUGGAAAACGAAAUGUGGCGAACUGCUAUCGCGGAGAAACUUGAUAAAAAUGGAGUGCUGAUACUACCCUCGUUCGUGGGACCUGCACAACGACACCAUCAAUUUUAUUUUAAACCGGCCCUCGGAUAUCUUAUAAUAGCCAACGCCUUGGGGUUGCCUUCCACUAGUAUACCGUGCGGACUGGACCACCGUGACAUGCCAAUUGGAUUUCAGGUAAUGGCAGCCCCGGGACAAGAUCGAUUAUGUCUAGCGGUGGCGGAAGAAUUGGAGCGAUACUUCGGGGGAUGGGUACCUCCUAACGAACUAACCAUCAAAGUUUUUGGAGAGAACAAGGCUGAACGACAGGCGAAAUACUAUGCGUUUUUGGAAGAAGAUACAGUACCUAAAGUGAGAUGCGGACUGCCAUUAAAGGAAUGCCGUCAAUCGGCGUCCGACGCACCAAUAGCAAAAAAAAAUCAAAUCGAUGGUGUCUUGGUCAAGGUUCCACCACUUUCCGACGGCGACAUGGAAAUAAUUUUCAAUCUACUCCUCGCGAUUCUCAGGUUUUUAAACGCUUUAACCGCCCCGAUUUUCAACUACAGGGCGAAAGGAAAGAGACAAGUGCUGCCGCCUUUUAAAAACGAGUUGCUUAGGAUCAGCGCGACCGAGUUGGCGAAAAAAAUCCGGACCAAAGAGAUAUCCAGUAGGGAAAUAUGCAAAGCUUACAUCCGGAGAAUCAAAGAGGUAAACCCGAUCCUCAACGCCAUCGUGGAGGAACGUUUCGUCCAAGCGUUGAAAGACGCGAAAGCGGUGGAUGAGUCGCUGAAGACUACGUCGCUGUGUGCCACUGAAUUGGAGAAAAUCAAACCUCUGCUGGGUGUGCCGAUCACCGUCAAGGAAAGCUGUUCUGUCAAGGGCAUGAGCUUAUGUGUCGGAACCAUCUCUCGGAUAGGAUUUAAAGCGGAGACAGAUGGGGAAGUUGUCGCAAGGCUAAGGAGUUGCGGUGGAAUCCCCCUCUUGGUGUCCAACACAUCGGAGCUUUGUCUGGGUUGGGAAUCUAACAACCGCGUCACUGGGCGUACUAAUAAUCCUUACGAUAGUACCUGUACGACGUCGGGAUCGUCUGGAGGAGAGGGCGCAUUAUUAGGAGCUGGAGCGUCCCUGGUGGGAAUAGGUUCUGAUUUGGCGGGGUCCAUCAGAAUACCAGCCAUGUUCAACGGUAUCUUCGGCCAUAAACCAAGCCCAAAGAUUAUACCUAUCAAAGGACAUUAUCCUUCGAGUGGGGACGAGAGAGUAUCAGAUUUCUUGGUCAUAGGACCUAUGACGCGUUACGCGUGUGACCUCAAACUUUUGAUGACCGUAAUGGUCGGCAGCAAGCUCUCCGGCGAGUUAAAACUUAAUGAACCGGUAAACCUCGCCGACCUCAACGUAUUUCAUUUGGAAGACUUCGGGUUUUCGUUAAGUCUUCAAUCGGUGACCGAAAGUAUUCGACACGCGAUCAAAAUGUCCGUCACUCACCUGGAAAAAGUCUGCGGCUCGAAAAUACAAGAAUUUAAGUUUGAGGUUUUGAGGGAUGCCCUCAAAGUAUGCACCUCCGUUAUAAACUCCAUAGAAGACGUUCCCAACCCCAUGAAAUGGGCCAACACGAACUUGCCUAAAGAAGCAUGCAAGGUUGCGUUCAAUCAGUCCAAGUUUUCGUGGACCUUGAUAAACUUCUUCCUUCUGAGGGCGUUGUCCAGAUUUCUACUCGGCGACUACAGCGUUCAAAAGCGAACGGUGCAAGCUCUGAUUACGGAGAAAUUGGGAAGCAACGGCGUAUUCUUGCUGCCCAUAUUCACGGAACCCGCCCAUAAACACAACCAGUUUUGCUUCAAGCAAGCGUUCGAGUACAUUUUGCCUGCCAACGUGCUGGGACUGCCAGCUACAGUCGUCCCCUGUGGUUUCGACGGAAACGGAAUGCCCAUCGGUAUACAGGUUCUAGCCGGACCAAGGCAAGAUAGGCUUUGCCUGGCGGUAGCCGAGGAAUUGGAACGAUGUUUUGGCGGCUGGAUCCCACCACCUGAAUCAUAGCACCACUUGAUAUUGUACAUUAGAUACAGUAUUAAUGCUACCAAAACUGCAUUAAUUGUUUCAUCCACCAUCCCGUACAUAAUGAUAUACACAUUUUUAUUGGAUAAUAAAUUGUUGCUUAUUGAGGAAAAAAUUAGCCGCUUGUCUCAAAGUCCAUAAUGAAGCAGAUCCAUGAGCCAAAAAUCGUUUUUUUAGUUUUAUCUUAUUUUUUAGUUUUUUUUGGUGCAUAUAAAAGAAUGCUUGGUUAGUUUAAGUUUAAGUUAGUUUAGUUUAAAAAUUUUAUCGUUUCGGAAGUUUAAUUAUGCUUCGAAUUUGGCGCGAAACUUUCGAAUUGACACCCUUUGACAAAAAAGCUAUUCGUACUUUAUCUUUCUUCUUCCAUCCUAUAUUUUUGGGAGACCUUAAUGAAUUUUGUUAAAAACUGAAUGGGACAUAGGGGUCUCUUGUAUAGCAAUUUUACCUUUCAAACAAAAAAUGUUCAGAUUUUCACAGUGAUUUAUUGGUUUAUGACUGCUGCAUCAACAUGCCUUUAUCAAAUACAAAAUAUUACAUUAUUCCGACGUCUAUUCAUAGGGUGUUUCAAAUUCGACUCUCACCAUUAGGAUCUCGGUAAGAGAUACAGGGUGAUUUAAAUUAGUUGUAAAAGUUACACAUCGGUGAGUUAAAUAAUGUUCCGUUUUGAAAUUGAAGUUAUUUUGAUUACUUCCGGUUUUUGGUUUUUCUUUUUUUAUGUCUUUAUUUUAAAAUUUAGCAAAAAUCUGUGAAUACUCAUUGGCUUUUUUUGGGCUUCAUCUUACGACGUUUCGUUUUUAUAAAACCAUCAUCAACUUAAUUCUUUUUUAUGGUCGCCAUGUCAUCUCAAAUUCGAUUUGUGUUCCAUCAAAUUCGAUAUAUGUAACAAAAACUUGUAUACCAUAGUAAGCUAUGAAUUUUCAAACCUGUAGAUGACAUUUUAAUAUCUAGUUCAUUACUGUGUCGAACUUUACCGAUGACUCAAAACAAGAAAUGGUAAAACUUAAUUAUAAAAACGAUAAGGACGGUGUCAUGAUAUCGGAAAUGUACAUGUAUCCUGAAAGACGACAACCUCAUCAAAAGCUAUUAUCUUGAUUCGGGUUUAAAGGCCGUCGUCGAUUGGAAUUACUUCCUAACGUUUCGCUAGCACGAGUGGCGAGCUUCUUCAGAGGUCCUUCCAUCUCCGAUGUUUGACGUAGACUGACGAUUUCUCCUGCGCAGGUUGUAUUUAUGCCGAUUGGUGGUGGGCGGGGCCUGUUCCGCUUCGGUUGGUCUCGGGAUAUCGAUCGGUACUGCUCGGGCGUUCCUAAGGAUCGGGUUCCAGAUUUGGUUGAGUCUAAGGGUCUCCUCCUUUCGGUUGAAAUUGUGUGGGUGUUUUUGUAUCUCAAUGGCUUCCCUGACUAGUCUGUUGUGAUAGCCGUUGACCGAUGCUAGUAACUUACAGCUCUCAAAGUGUAUCCUGUGUUCCCCGCUGCCCAGUGCGUGUUCAGCUACUGCAGACUUCUCUGUAUGUCCUAGCCUGCAGCUUGCUUUAUGCUCCUUAAGUCUCGUUCCCAUUGAUCUCUUGGUAGUCCCGAUGUAGACCUUUCCGCAUGAACACGGAAUGCUGAAGAAGCUCGCCACUCGUGCUAGCGAAACGUUAGGAAGUAAUUCCAAUCGACGACGGCCUUUAAACCCGAAUCAAGAUAAUAGGUUAUCAACGGGCCGCGAAAGCCUUAACCAAUUUAUCAACCUCAUCAAACUUUGUUUAAGUUAUUGAACAGAAAUCUCGCUGAGUUUGCUUUGUUUGAAAAACUACAAUUAUCUCUUACCGUUACCGAGAUCCUAAUGGUGAGAGUCGAAUUUGAAACACCGGGUAUAUAAGCAGGUAGGAGCAGGAGACCCAUUCACAUCCAAUUAAUUCCAAUUUUUGUUUAGCUGGCAUAGCUAGCCAACAAAUUAAAUUUUUUGGAAUUAUGUAAAAUAUAAAAAUUGUCAAACUUUUUGCAUUUCUGAAUUUAAAUGAAUGGCAUGGUUAGAAUCCCAACUUUUAUUUUAAACGCUCUUUUAUGUUCGUUAACGCUCCACAUGAUCCACAUUUUAACUUCUGUGCUAUGGAUUUUUGAGUUUUUCGCGAUUUAGUUUUAUUAUAUUUUAAAAAUUUUAUUUCUCAAAUAGUCGUAACAAUUGUGAAACGCUAUUGGUUUUAUAAUAUCAUUUCUUUUUCAAAAUUUUCUCUGGAAAGUGAGAUAUUAAGUCUGUGGAUGAAAAAAUAAAAGGCGGCCAUUGUGUGUGGGUCAAAGUUAUUUGAAUAAUUAUAUAUUACUUGUUUAUGGUAAAUGGAAAAGUCUAAUUUGUUCGGUUCUUAGUUAUAGUCCACAAAGUGUGAAUAAAUAUCUACUUCCGUCUCUGUGAA